AUGGCACCGUCGCGCUCCUCUCGCACCCUCGGUGCUCUUCUCGGGCUCCACGCCGGCGACGCCCUCGGCGCGCCUUUCGAGUUCAAGCCCCACACCGUUAUCCGCACUGAACACCCCGGCCCUAACGCCGCCUUUCCCCGGACUCUCACUGGGGGCGGCUUCCUUUCCUGGCCCCCCGGUGCCGCUACUGACGAUACAGACCUCGCGCGCGCCGUGCUCCUCGCCUACCGCGAUGCCAUAACAAAUGGCGACAACGUGACGGUCAAGGCUGCCGAGUACUCUCUCGCAUGGUAUCGAGGCGAUCACUGGCCCGGUCGCAAGAAUGGUACCUUACCCCGCGAUAUCGGCGGUGCCACAAGGAGAGGUCUAUCAGCAUUUGCUUCUACUCACGAUCCCUCUUCCUCGGGUGCCGGACAGGGCAGUGCUGGCAAUGGCAGUCUGAUGCGAUGCAUCCCAACAGGGCUUUUUCAGACUGAUCAGGAAAUUCUCAUCGAGGAGAGCCAAUCUAUCAGCUCUAUUACACAUGAUGAUCGUCGAUGCACCAUUGCCUGCGCCGCUUAUAACACCAUUGUUUCUGCUCUAGUUGUGCGCGGCUUAUCCGUCGAGGAAGCCGUCUCCGCGGGCGAGCGUGUUGCCGUCUCGCUAGAAGGCGGCCGCGAGGAUGGGCCUGUUCAUGAUGCCAUUAAGAUCGGACGCACGAUAUCCCUUGAGAAACUGGCUGAUAAAGGGCCGAGGAGGUUUGACUCAAUCGGGCCAUGUAGUGGUUACGUGCUCGAUUCGCUGAUUCUAGCUAUUGCCGCCGUUCUAGAUGAGCGGAGACUCGACCAGGUUCUUGUCGAUGUCGUCCGGGUUGGCAUGGACACAGACACGAAUGCUGCCAUUGCAGGUGGUCUACUUGGGGCAAGAGACGGCGAGGAAGCCGUGCUUGAGGAAUGGAAGGAUUUGCUACAGUUUGGUCCAGAGUUCCGUCGCCUUGUUGAUGAACUCUUGACAGCUCAGGGAGUACUAUCAGGAGAGGUAAGGUGA